UGCUGGCACUGCCUCGUCGCGGGAGAGAAGGAUUUUGUUCCUGGCGCUUGGGAGCAGAGCGGCAGCAGCUGGCAGGUCCCUGCUUCGAAGCUGCAUCUCGUCUGCCUCGCCUCAUUCUCGCCGCUGCCAGGAUGUCAGAGAAGUCCGCCGACGAGGCUCCGGUGGAGCUCGGUGCCAAGGAGCUGAAAGAGAAGAAGGAAAAGCAUGAGGAGAAGUCCGCACGCAAAGACAAGAAAGAGAUUGACAAGAAAGAGAUCGACAAGAAAGAGAUCGACAAGAAAGAGAUCGACAAGAAAGAGAUCAUAGAGGAUGAUGAAAAUGGGGCUGAGGAAGAGGAAGAUGACGAAGAUGCAAAUCCUGAGGAUGUAGAUGAUGAAGAUGAAGAAGACGAAGAUGAUGAGAAUGAGCGGGAACCGGAUACACAUGCAGUAAAACGAUCUGCAGAAAAGAAGCAGGAAGAGGAUGAAGUUGACCCAAAAAGAAAGAAGACAGAAAAUGGCUCUUCAGCUUGAUCCUCUUGGCUCCAUCUGCAUCCUCUUCUCCACUGUCCAACUAUCCGCACACCUUCGUUCCUCUGUCUGUGCAGGCAGCCUCUGUAGUGCUGUGGCUGUAGAUGAGGAAGAAGAGGAGUUCAAUGUGCUUUCUGUCAAGAGGAAGCUGAAGGAAGCUCUUCUCCAGCUCCCAAGAUCUGUUUCCAUAUUACAGUGCUCUCUACAGUUUCAUUACCCUUCACCCUCCAUUCAGAUAGCUCCAGUCUUUAGAAACAUUGCUUCCUCCGAUCUCUUCCCAGAACACCUUCACAAUUGCUGCCUGAGAUCCUCACGCCUCCUCGGCUUUCAACACCUCCUUGCAAACUCCUCCCUGCUUCUGUCCAGCACUUCACCUCCCCCCCUCCCCGUUCCUCUUGGCCCCUUCCACAACCUUGUGGAGUUUCUAUGGUGCUGAAAGGGUUAAAUCACAUUUGGCACACAGGAAGUCCAGGGCCAGGGAAACUUGCCAUGAUGUGUUCCUGUGCUGUGCCUGUUCCCUUUCUAUUGCAGGAAAAAGGCAAAAUGUAGUGGUGGUGGUGAUGGUGGUGGUGAUGAUGAUGAUAAUACAGUGAAAUGUGUGUUACUUAAAAAAAAUUACAGUUUUUAAUUAAAACAUUUUGUACAAAUUUAAAUGACAGGCAGCAAGCUGAAUCUGGUGAACUUUUUUCUUCCUGGAGGCAAAGCUUGUUUUUAAUGUGUAAAGUAAUAUGUGAUUCAGUGUGGUUUUUUUUCCCAUUUUGGGUGUUUGUUAUUUUUUAAUUAGGGGACCAAAGUUUGAUUUCUCCCUUGUUCCUGUCAGGUUCUUUGGUUGUUUUCUUUGUAAAUUAAAGCAGAUCCAUCUGCAGUAUUUUCUAUGGCACAGACAUUAUGAGGAUGAGAUAUAUAAAUAUAUAUAUUGUUUAGCACUGUAAAUAAAAAAACCUUUCAAAAAGA